AUGGCAGCCCGGUCCUCGCUCGUUGCGCUCCGCGGCGGUCUCCGCACCGCCUCGCGCCCAGUCAUCGCCGGCCGCGCCCUCGCCACCUCUGCCGUCCUCCGUUCGGCCCAGCCCUCGACCCCUCCCUUCAAGGAGCCCGUUGGCGUCAACCCCGCCGACAAGACUGCCACGGUCAACUCGCCCCUCCACAACUUUGGCCAGUACCUGACCACUUGCCUGCCCAAAUACAUCCAGCAGUUCUCGGUCUACAAGGACGAGCUCACCCUCUACGUUCCCCCCUCGGCCAUUAUCCAGACCCUCACCUUCCUCCGUGACCACACCCAGUGCCAGUACAAGCAGGUCGUCGACAUUACCGCCGUCGACUACCCCACUCGCGAGAAGCGCUUCGAGGUCGUCUACAACCUCCUCUCGGUCGCCCACCAGUCGCGUAUCCGCGUCAAGACCUACGCCGACGAGAUCACCCCCGUCCCUUCGGCUGUCGAGGUCUUCUCGGGUGCCAACUGGUACGAGCGUGAGGUCUGGGACAUGUACGGUGUCUUCUUCAGCGGCCACCCGGAUCUCCGCCGUAUCCUUACCGACUAUGGUUUCGAGGGCCACCCCUUGCGGAAGGACUUCCCUCUGACAGGUUACACCGAGGUCCGCUACGACGAGGUCAAGAAGCGCGUCGUGUACGAGCCCCUGCAGCUCACCCAGGCCUUCCGCAACUUUGCGGACGGCGCCUCGCCUUGGGAGCAGGUGGGAGCCGGCACUGAGAGCACCCCAGAGGACUUCAAGAUCCCCCCGCCCCCGCCCCCCGCCGAGGAGAAGAAGUAG